CUGGCAAAGGCACUUGUUUGUGACGUCAUAUGGUGUGUGUGCUGCUGCUGACAGCGCUGGUUUUGCUCUUUCAUUCAAUCGAAAGCUUUCGUUUGCCCUCACCGCUCGUGUGCUCACUGCAGCCCGGAGGCAGCCGAGGCGUCAAGAUGGUGCAGGAGACGCUCUACGACAUGCCCAUCAGCAACCACGGUCAGACGAUGCAUGCGCCAACCAUCAUCUGUGUAGGAGGCUGACUUGACUGGCUCUGUGUUCUGUGUGUGUGUGUGUGUGCAGGUGCCCGCUGCCGGAUGAUAGUGUACAAGAAGGGCAUAGAGGACCGGGUCACCAUUCGCCCGCCAGGCGACCUGGGAGGCCUCAAGAGUGAAGAAUACCUCAAAAUCAACCCACAGGUGCGGGGCGUAUGCAUGGACCAGAUGAGAUGAGAUGCCGCAUCAACCAGACUAUCACACACAUGGCCAUGGCACUGCACUGCAGGUCGGCUCUUUCUGUUGUGUGUGUCCUUCAGGGCAAGAUGCCAACCUACGUGACAGACGGCGGUCUCCCUAUACCUGAAUCGGAUCCGAUUGCAAGAUACCUUAUCAAUAAGUACUUGAUGAACACAGGACAGGACAGACAGACGGGGCCACGUGGUUGUUCGUGUAUGUGUGUGGGCGAUGGUGCAGGUACCAGGGUGUGGGUGUGUCGUUUGUGCCGGCUGACGCCACUGCUCAGUUGCGGAGCGACAUCGUGGGCCGGCUGCACGACGUCUACAUCAGCCCCAUCCAGGGCGCCAUGUACAAGGCCGCACCGCCCUUCGGGCCGUUCGACGACCGGCAGGUGGGCGGGGUGGGUGCCGUGCUGCUCACAUUACACUCACCAUCCAUCGAUCCACAACAUAUGGAUGGCUUCAUUGGCUCGUGUCUGUUUGUCUGCAGGCGGCGUUGAGUGAGUUGAAGCGUCAGCUGGAGACGGUGGAGGCGUGUGUGUCCCCCGACGGGCCCUACAUCACCGGCAGUGAGAUCUCUCUGGCAGACGCGACCCUCUUCCCCACAAUGGUCUUCAUCACCUACAUACUGCCCGAACAAUUCGGUAAGUAAUAAGGGGGAAGUGGUUCCUUCGUGUCUGUGUGUGUGUGUGUGUUAGUAUGGAUCGAUCCUGUGUGUGAAUGUGUGUGUUCAGGGUGGCAGCCUGCUGAUGUGUUGCCUCCCAAGUUGGCGAGGUGGUUCCAGUGGAUGCAGGCCAACGAGCCCUCUGCGAAGCGUGUCUUUGACGAGAUCACCGGCGUCCUCAAGGUCAGUCAGCCAUUCCCCAACCAACAAGAUGACCGACCCGACCCCACAGUGCAGUGCAGCAGUGUAUGUGUGUGUAUCUGUGCGCAGGGUUGGUCUGAGAAGGGUCGCUGGACCACUAUUCUGGGCGCUGGGCUCAAGGAUCAGGCACCCGCUACGGUACGGUACGGAUGGACUCAGACAACGGAUUCCCUCUUGUGGUGCGGUGCGGUGCGUGGAUGUGUCUGUGUGUGUGUGUCGACAUGCAGCUGUUCGACAAGAUAAUGAACAAGCAGGUGUCCGCCGACAUCGUUCAUGAGGAUGACAGGUCAGCCAAACACCCACUCCCUCCCUCCCUCCCUCCAUGGGUCGUCGCGUCAUAUGUAUGCGCAGGUGUAUGGCCAUUCGCGACAUCAAUCCGCAGGGCCCCACCCACGUGCUGCUCUUCCCAAAGAGGAGGGACAACCUCACACAGCUCCGCCAGGCCACAGAGGAGCACAAGGGCAUCCUCGGACACCUACUCGUCACGGCUGCAAAGGUGGGUGGCACCACACCCAUCAACACACACACACGGGCCUCACUGCCUCUCUGUGUCUGUGUGUGGACCUGUGUGUCGGGUGGCAUUAGUUGGCGCGCGACGAGGGCUUCGAGGCCUACAGGAUUGUCAUCAAUGAUGGACCAAAGGUCAGUCAGCCUUGGCUGCAAUAGAGAGAGAUGGACUGACGUAUGUAUAUGCAGCCGAUCGAGUGUAUGUGUGUGUGUGUGUGUCGUACCUGCCGUCCACACAGGCGUGUCAGUCGGUUUUUCACCUGCAUGUGCACCUCAUCGGCGGCCGCAGCUUCAGCUGGCCCCCUGGGUGAUCGAUCCGAUCGGCGGCCGAGCCGACUCAUGCGGUCCAUGCUGCACGAAGACUGCUCGCGAUUCAUGGUUACGUGUGGGGCAGAAACAGAGAUAACAUACAGACCCUUUAUGUUUGUGUGCGUAUGAAGAGAUUGCG